AUGUUGGGUGAGCAGUCCCGUUUAGAGAAAGCUGUUUGUCGUAAACGCCAUGCUGAAGCAGCGAUUGAGGAAACUAAGUGUCGCAUGUGCAGUGUCAUUGACCUUGCUAUUUUACUUGAAAAGUCAAGAAGAAUUUUUGAUACUGGCGAUUAUAUAAGGAGACAAAGCGUUAGUGAGGAGAGACGUGCUAAAGGAAUAGAUUAG